AUGUUGAUAAAUAAAAACAUUUCCUCUCAGCCACAGUAUGAAAACUGCACCCAUGUGAUACGUGUCCCCUUGAUUGAGUACCAGACUCUGUCAGUUGACACAAAGAAUCUCCGUCUGAUCAGCCGUCUGCAAGCAAGUCUCAAUUGGAUCGAUCCUGAGUUGGCGUGGAACACGUCGAUUUACGAUUAUGAAGAAGUGAUCCUGCCAGUAGAUAAAAUCUGGACCCCAGAGAUCCAUGUGACAAACGGAAUAUUGACAACUAUGAAGCACAGCUCCGUUGAUCUGCUGGUGUUCAGCAACGGCACGGUGAAGCACUCUGUGAUCAUCAACGCUGAGGUGAACUGUGAGGUCAAUCUGUUCAACUACCCCUUUGCUUCUGAUGAGUGUCCUGUCGCUAUCCAAGCCUGGUCCGUCGACGGAUGUGGUACAAUCCUGAAACUGGGGCAUCUGAGGAAUGCUGAUAGCACCCAAGGAGACUGGCAAACCAACUAUGUGGUCUUGCAGAAAAAGAGAGACGACCGCAAUUACAUCAUGGUGUCACUGAGCAUCAAAUACCUCAACCCCUUCAUCACCUUACUGCUGCCCAGUAUCCUGAUCGUCCUGGCUGAUGUGGUCAGCUUCGCCCUGCCACUGGGAUGCGGCGAACGCAACUCCUUCAAGGUCACCCUGGUGCUCAGCUUCACCCUGUUCCUCGGCAUCCUCAACGACAGGCUCCCCGGAGACGGCCAGUGCAGCCCCAUCAUCCGAACCCACUUCUGUGUUUGCCUGGUGCUUUUGGUGCUGAGCAUGCUGGUGUCCAUGAUUCUGACUCGGGUGGCCAAAGAUGGCGGCUUCAUUUUCUGCUGCUGUCCAAAGCGGUCAGGCCCGAAGAACAAAGUGAACAAGGACGACGAAGAGGAUGACGAUUCCAUCUAUCCUAAUCCCACUUCAAUCCUUCCAGAGGCCAAAGCCGACAUCAGUGUGAUUCAGCUGAGUGGCUCGGAGGAGUCCAAUAAGAUGCUCGGUUUGGUGGUAAACUUCCUGCAAGCAUGGGAAGCCAAGGCAGAGGAGAGUGAGAGAUACGAGGCGCUCGCCAACAAGCUGGACCAGACCUUUUUCUGGUUCUAUUUAUUUCUUGGUGGUACAUACUUCGUUGCAAUGACUGCUGUGAUGAUAAAGUACCCAUGUACAGUGAACCAUUUUGAUUUCUGGGACUAA